GGUCCAGAAUGGGCUCGCGCUCUCUCUCGCUAGUGGAAAAUCACUUUGGCCCUGCGCUAAGCAGUUGCACGGUUGCAAAAUAUGGCGACUGCAGGAGACUCAAGAGGGGAACUGCAAAAGGAAUUAGUCUGCUCAAUUUGCCUCGAUUAUUUCGACGACCCCGUGAUUUUAAAAUGUGGCCACAAUUUUUGUCGCAUGUGCAUUUUGAUGCACUGGGAAGAAAAUGGAGGCGACGAUGUGGGUUACCAAUGUCCGGAGUGCAGGAUGGUGUUCGCCAAAAUGGGUUUCACCAAGAACUACCUGGUGAAGAACUUGGUGGAUAAACUGAGAGACUUCGAUUAUCUAAAGACGUGUAGGCCCUCUGCGCCCCCAAAACCAGUGAAGAUGGACGGCAAAUGCGAGCGACACCACGAGGAACUCAAACUGUACUGCCAUACGGACAGAAAGGCCAUCUGCGUGGUGUGCCGAGAGUCUAGAGCCCACAGACGCCAUGAUGUUGCUCCUGUUCCGGAGGUUGUUGAAGACAUGAAGAGUGAGCUAAAGUUAAGACUCAUUAAACUGAACUGGCAGAAGUCCAUGUGUUCAAGAGUAAAAAGCGCAGAUGAGCAAGCCAAAACUGAUGUCAAGCUCAAAAAGCAAGCCCUGAAGGAGAAGAUCGAGGAAGAUGUUGGUGCCCUGGUUCAGUUUUUGCUGGAUGAGAAGGAUGAUCUCUUGGAAAGACUGGAGACUGAAGCAAUAGUCACCGUCGGACUGCUAGACGAAAACUUGAAGCGUGUGGAGAACGAGGCAGCCAAGGUGGACAAGGCCAUUGCGGAAAUUCAGAACCAGCUUUGUGAUGACACUAACUUUGAGAAUAUCAGUAAUUCCUACUCAAGCCCCUGCCAUGUCAACCUUGAUGUUCAGGCCUCUUCCUGCCCUCCAGAUUUCUCCGAGUUCACAGGUCCUUUUCAGCUCAUCAUGUGGAAGAAGAUGAUGCACGUUUUACACACCAUGCCACAGAACCUAACUUUAGAUCUGGACACCGCUCACCCCUCGUUGGCCAUCACCGACUUCGACACCAAGGUGGAAGAGGGUCGUGUGCGCGUCCAGGAGCCCGACAUGCCGCAACGGUUCACGCGUUUCUUUGGGGUCCUCGCCACCGCUCAGUAUUCCAGCGGCCAGCACUACUGGGAAGUGGACGUACGGGACAAGGGUGUCUGGUAUCUGGGCGUCACCACAGAGUACAGCAACCGCAAGGGCUUCGUCAAUCUUUCACCCUCCGCCGGCUACUGGAGCCUGUGUCUUCAAGAUCGGCUAUAUGCCAACGAAGAGGACUCGCGUGUGCCGGUGGCGGACUACUGGAACUCGCCUCGCGUCGGUGUCUUCCUGGAUUACGACAGAGGCCACGUUACUUUCUUCGACGCCGUCACCAUGAAGCGCAUCUAUAACUUUGUUACGUUCUUCGACGAACCCGUGUCGCCUUUCUUUAGCCCCGGGAAAAACGAUCCAGGCAGCCGACUGCAAAUAUGUCAUUUCUACUGAAAACCACAAGACGUGUUGCCGCGUAUCUGUGGAUGUGAAGAAAUAAAAACUAAAGGCUCCUGUUGUUGCUUUUAUGCCAUAAAAA